GGAAGUGAAAAAUGCGUAUCCCGGCGGCCUCUUAGCAACGCGAGGGGGGCGGGGGGUAGGUGGUCAAGUGACACAACCAGCUGACUCCAGUAGGGGAAGCUACUGUGGCUGCAUCUGUAGCUACCACGCCUGCCGGGCCGGGAACCCGAGCCGCACCGUCGUCGUCAGAAUGUCGGGCAAAGAUCGAAUAGAAAUCUUUCCCUCGCGAAUGGCACAGACCAUCAUGAAGGCUCGAUUAAAAGGAGCACAGACAGGUCGAAACCUCCUGAAGAAAAAAUCUGAUGCCUUAACGCUUCGAUUUCGACAGAUCCUAAAAAAGAUCAUAGAGACUAAAAUGUUGAUGGGUGAAGUGAUGAGAGAAGCUGCCUUUUCACUUGCUGAAGCCAAGUUCACAGCAGGGGACUUCAGCACCACAGUUAUCCAAAAUGUAAAUAAAGCCCAAGUGAAGAUUCGAGCAAAGAAAGAUAAUGUAGCAGGUGUUACUUUGCCAGUGUUUGAACAUUACCACGAAGGAACUGACAGUUAUGAACUGACUGGUUUAGCCAGAGGUGGGGAACAAUUGGCUAAAUUAAAGAGGAAUUAUGCCAAAGCAGUGGAACUACUGGUGGAACUCGCCUCGCUGCAGACUUCCUUUGUUACUUUGGAUGAAGCUAUUAAGAUUACCAACAGGCGUGUAAAUGCCAUUGAACAUGUCAUCAUUCCCCGGAUUGAACGUACUCUUGCUUACAUCAUCACAGAGCUGGAUGAGAGAGAGCGAGAAGAGUUCUAUAGGUUAAAGAAAAUACAGGAGAAGAAAAAGAUUCUCAAGGAAAAAACUGAGAAGGACUUGGAGAAACGGAGGGCAGCUGGAGAGGUGACGGAGCCUGCCAACCUCCUGGCUGAAGAGAAGGAUGAGGAUCUUCUGUUUGAAUAACCCUUCCUGCUCUGGUUCUUUCCGAAGUCCUAACAUGGCACCGUUUUUGUUCAGUGUAUAGGUUUGGUUCAUGUGGCUGCUUACUUUUUGGCCUAAGAGUUUCACUGGUUGUAAAAUUUCCCUGAUGUCCAUUUAUUGGAUUACCUUUGCAAAAUCCUAAUUUAGCAGCCAUUUAUCACAGAUGAUAUUUAGAGAACUGGCCCAGGAACUUGUAGAAUUUACGCUGCAGAAGUGUCACCCUUCUCCAUCUGUAUCUGGUCACAGGUGAUCGGCUUACCAAGCAUAUUAGGAAAUCCCCCUUAGGAAGCAGCAGUGGUCUCAGGCCAACUACUGUUGGUGCACCCUUCAUUCCCACCCACCCGCACCCCCGGGGCCCUGCCAUCUGCAGCCUUCUGUGUUCCCGCGGUAUUUCUCUCCUCAAGCUUUAGGAGAGACUUCACUUAUUUUACUUUGCAUGACAGGUCUCUGUUCUGUCUAUCAUGGAGCAGUUUUGCCAAUUUGAAUGUGACUAUGGUAUAAAUAGUAAAAUGAUUAAAAA